CUGUCUCUCUCCACAGGGCAAGGGACAUAGGAUGACCCCAGCCUGUCCCCUCUUACUAUCUGUGAUUCUGUCCCUGCGCCUGGCCGCCGCCUUCGAUCCCGACCCCAGCGCCUGCUCCGCCCUGGCCUCCGGCGUGCUCUACGGGGCCUUCUCACUGCAGGACCUCUUUCCGACCAUCGCCUCGGGCUGCUCCUGGACGCUGGAGAACCCCGACCCCACCAAGUACUCCCUGUACCUGCGCUUCAACCGCCAGGAGGAGGUGUGCACCCACUUUGCACCCCGCCUGCUGCCCCUGGACCACUACCUGGUCAACUUCACCUGCCUGCGGCCUCGCUCUGAGGAGGAGGCGGUGGCCCAGGCGGAGGCGGAGGUGGGGCGGCCGGAGGAGGCGGAAGCAGCCGGGUUGGAGCUGUGCGGCGGCUCAGGCCCCUUCACCUUCCUGCACUUCGACAAGAACUUCGUGCAGCUUUGCCUGUCGGCCGAGCCCUCGGAGGCCCGGCGCCUGCUGGCACCUACAGCCCUGGCCUUCCGUUUUGUCGAGGUCUUGCUCAUCAACAACAACAACUCCAGCCAGUUCACCUGCGGGGUGCUGUGCCGCUGGAGUGAGGAGUGUGGCCGUGCCGCCGGCCGGGCCUGUGGCUUUGCCCAGCCGGGCUGCAGCUGCCCUGGUGAGGCUGGGGCCAGCCCUGCCACCACCACACCUCCAGGUCCCCCUGCUGCCCACACCCUGUCCAAUGCCCUGGUGCCCGGGGGCCCACCCCCAUCUGCUGAGACCGAUUUGCACUCGGGGAGCAGCAAUGACCUGUUCACCACCGAGAUGAGAUAUGGUGAGGAGCCGGAAGAGGAACCAAAGGUGAAAACCCAGUGGCCGAGGUCUGCAGAUGAGCCUGGGGUAUACCUGGCACAGACAGGUGACCCAGCGGCGGAGGAGUGGUCCCCGUGGAGCGUGUGUUCCCUGACGUGUGGGCAGGGUCUGCAGGUGCGGACCCGCUCCUGUGUGUCCUCCCCCUAUGGGACCCUGUGCAGCGGGCCUCUGCGGGAGACCCGGCCCUGCAACAAUUCAGCCACGUGCCCAGUGCACGGCGUGUGGGAGGAGUGGGGGUCCUGGAGCCUGUGCUCCCGCAGCUGCGGGCGGGGGUCCCGGAGCCGGAAGCUCUGCAGCAUGGCUGCCUGCCCGGUGGAAGGUCAGUGGCUAGAAUGGGGUCCCUGGAGCCCGUGCUCCACGUCCUGUGCCAACGGGACCCAGCAGCGCAGCCGGAAGUGCAGUGUGGCGGGUCCAGCCUGGGCCACGUGUCCGGGGGCCCUCACUGACACCCGCGAGUGCGGCAACCUUGAGUGUCCCGCCACAGAUGGCAAGUGGGGGCCAUGGAACUCGUGGAGCCUGUGCUCCAAGACGUGUGACACGGGCUGGCAGCGUCGCUUCCGCAUGUGCCAGGCCACGGGCGCGCAGGGCUAUCCCUGCGAGGGCACCGGAGAGGAGGUGAAGCCCUGCAGUGAGAAGAGGUGCCCAGCUUUCCACGAGAUGUGCAGGGAUGAGUAUGUGAUGCUGAUGACGUGGAAGAAGGCGGCUGCUGGCGAGAUCAUCUACAACAAGUGUCCCCCCAAUGCCUCAGGGUCUGCCAGCCGCCGCUGUCUCCUCAGUGCCCAGGGCGUGGCAUACUGGGGGCUGCCCAGCUUUGCCCGCUGCAUCUCCCACGAGUACCGCUACCUGUAUCUGUCGCUGCGGGAGCACCUGGCCAAGGGGCAGCGCAUGCUGGCGGGGGAGGGCAUGUCGCAGGUGGUGCGCAGCCUGCAGGAGCUGCUGGCCCGGCGCACCUACUACAGCGGAGACCUGCUCUUCUCCGUGGACAUUCUGAGGAACGUCACCGACACCUUCAAGAGGGCCACCUACGUGCCCUCAGCUGAUGACGUGCAGCGCUUCUUCCAGGUGGUGAGCUUCAUGGUGGACGCGGAAAACAAGGACAAGUGGGAUGAUGCUCAGCAGGUGUCCCCCGGCUCUGUGCACCUGCUCCGGGUGGUGGAGGACUUCAUUCACCUGGUGGGCGAUGCGCUCAAGGCCUUUCAGAGCUCCUUGAUUGUCACGGACAACUUGGUGAUCAGCAUUCAGCGAGAGCCCGUCUCGGCCGUGUCCAGCGACAUCACCUUCCCCAUGCGGGGCCGCAGGGGCAUGAAGGACUGGGUGCGGCACUCGGAGGACCGCCUCUUCCUGCCCAAGGAGGUGCUCAGCCUCUCCUCCCCAGGGAAGCCAGCUGCCUCUGCAGCUUCCAGCAGCCCUGCCAGGGGGAGGGGCCCAGGAACAGUGCCCCCUGGUCCAGGCUACUCCCAUCAGCGGCUCCUCCCGGCAGACCCCGAGGAUUCUGCCUCCUACUUUGUGAUUGGUGCUGUGCUCUACCGCACCCUGGGCCUCAUCCUGCCGCCCCCCAGGCCCCCACUGGCCGUCACAUCCCGGGUGAUGACAGUGACUGUACGGCCCCCCACACAGCCACCAGCUGAGCCCCUCAUCACAGUGGAGCUCUCCUACAUCAUUAAUGGCACCACAGAUCCCCACUGUGCCAGCUGGGAUUACUCCAGAGCAGAUGCCAGCUCAGGGGACUGGGACACCGAGAGCUGCCAGACCCUGGAGACCCAGGCAGCCCACACCCGCUGCCAGUGCCAGCACCUGUCCACCUUUGCCGUGCUGGCCCAGCCGCCCAAGGACCUGACCCUGGAGCUGGCGGGCUCCCCCUCGGUCCCCCUGGUGAUUGGCUGUGCUGUGUCCUGCAUGGCGCUGCUCACCCUGCUUGCCAUCUACGCUGCCUUCUGGAGGUUUAUAAAAUCUGAACGCUCCAUCAUCUUGCUCAAUUUCUGCCUGUCCAUCCUGGCGUCUAACAUCCUGAUCCUAGUGGGCCAGUCGCGGGUGCUGAGCAAGGGUGUGUGCACCAUGACAGCCGCCUUCCUGCACUUCUUCUUCCUCUCCUCCUUUUGCUGGGUGCUCACUGAGGCUUGGCAGUCCUACUUGGCCGUCAUUGGACGGAUGCGCACCCGCCUUGUUCGCAAGCGCUUUCUCUGCCUGGGCUGGGGUCUGCCUGCCCUGGUGGUGGCCGUGUCUGUCGGCUUUACCCGCACCAAAGGAUACGGUACAUCCAGCUACUGCUGGCUCUCCCUCGAGGGUGGCCUGCUCUAUGCCUUUGUGGGCCCUGCAGCCGUCAUUGUCCUGGUGAACAUGCUCAUCGGAAUCAUCGUCUUCAACAAGCUCAUGGCUCGAGAUGGCAUCUCAGACAAGUCCAAGAAGCAGAGGGCCGGGUUGGAGCGGUGCCCCUGGGCCAGCCUGCUCCUCCCCUGCUCAGCGUGUGGAGCGGUCCCCAGCCCCCUGCUCAGCUCAGCCUCGGCCAGGAACGCCAUGGCCUCGCUCUGGAGCUCCUGCGUGGUGCUGCCCCUGCUGGCGCUCACCUGGAUGUCCGCCGUCCUGGCCAUGACAGACCGCCGCUCCGUGCUCUUCCAGGCCCUCUUCGCUGUCUUCAACUCUGCGCAGGGCUUCGUCAUCACGGCCGUGCACUGCUUCCUGCGCCGAGAGGUCCAGGACGUGGUGAAGUGCCAGAUGGGCGUGUGCCGGGCCGAUGAGAGCGAGGACUCCCCUGACUCGUGUAAGAACGGGCAGCUGCAGAUCCUGUCAGACUUUGAAAAGGAUGUGGAUCUGGCUUGUCAGACAGUUCUGUUCAAGGAGGUGAACACUUGCAACCCGUCCACCAUCACGGGCACCCUGUCCCGCCUGUCCCUGGACGAGGACGAGGAGCCCAAGUCCUGCCUUGUGGGUCCGGAGGGUGGCCUCAGCUUCUCCACACUGCCCGGGAACAUCCUGAUGCCCAUGGCAGCCUCGCCAGGGCUGGGGGAGCCGCCGCCCCCGCAGGAGCCCAACCCCGUGUACAUGUGUGGGGAGGGCAGCCUGCGGCAGCUGGACCUCACGUGGCUCCGGCCGGGCGAGCCGGGCUCCGAGGGGGACUACAUGGUGCUGCCCCGAAGGACUCUGAGCCUGCAGCCUGGCGGUGGGGGUGGAGGUGGGGACGAUCCCCCAAGGACCCGGCCCGAGGGCACCCCCCGACGCUCUGCCAAGGCGUUGGCCCACACCGAAGGCUACCCCAGCUUCUUAUCCGUGGACCACUCGGGCCUGGGGCUGGGCCCUGCCUACGGGUCUCUCCAGAACCCCUAUGGGAUGACCUUCCAGCCGCCACCACCGACGCCCAGUGUCCGCCAAGUGCCCGAGCCGGGAGAGCGCAGCCGGACCAUGCCCCGCACUGUGCCAGGCUCCACCAUGAAGCUGGGCUCCCUGGAGAGGAAGAAGCUGCGGUAUUCAGACCUGGACUUUGAGGUGAUGCACACCCGGAAACGGCACUCGGAACUCUACCACGAGCUUAACCAGAAGUUCCACACCUUCGACCGCUACCGCAGCCAGUCCACGGCCAAGAGGGAGAAGCGCUGGAGUGUGUCCUCGGGUGGGGCGACCGAACGGACUCUGUCCAGCGAGAAGCCCAGUCCGGGGGAGCGUCCUAGCGUGUCCCAACAUCGGCGACAUCAGAGUUGGAGCACCUUCAAGUCUAUGACACUGGGCUCACUGCCCCCCAAGCCCCGAGAGCGGCUGGCCCUGCACCGGGCAGCGGCCUGGGAGCCCACAGAACCACCAGAUGGCGACUUCCAGACAGAGGUGUGAGUGCCACGCCAGACUGCCCUCUGCGGAUAAAAAUACAUAUAUCUCUCUAUUUUCACACUCCACUUUGGAACUACCCGGGAGCCAGCGCCCCCUCCCCUCUCCCGAGGGCUGGGCAGGACGUGCGGUGGACUCAGCUGGUCUGGGGGAGCCAGACUCGGUGUCGCCUAGUGGGGCCAGGGCCCUUCCCUGUUUCUUAGGGGCCCCUCAGGCACUGGAGCCCCAUCUUGGCCCCAGCCUGUCUGUCUCUGUCCUGGGCUGGGGAGGGGGGAGGGGAACUUUGUUGGGAAUAAACUUCACUCUGUGGA